AGUGCAAAAAUGCUGCGGCGAGUGCUGCUUCUACUGAAGCCCUUCAAUGUCUACCCUCCGAGGCCGAAGCCUUCAGGCCUUCUCCACUUCGGACCCAACUCCAAGGUUUUAAGUUAUUUGGAUGAUCGAUGUAAGGUCCAUGAAGAAGCAAUUAAAUUCUGUCAAAAUGUUCUGCGACGGAAAUCUCUGGAUUGGGAACCUGUAAUGCGUAACUAUCUGACACAACCGAUCCGUGAUGUUGAUCUUGUGAUCACUGUUGGUGGAGAUGGUACUCUUUUGAAGGCCAGUCAUUUUCUAGAUGAAACAAUUCCAAUUCUGGGAGUCAAUUCAGAUCCGACGCGAAUUGAGGAGGUUGAGAGGUUUAGUAAUGAGUUUGAUGCGACGAGGAGCACCGGUUAUCUCUGUGCUGCAACUGUAGAGAAUUUUGAGCAGGUGUUAGAUGAAAUGCUUGAGAGUAGAAAAGAGCCUUCAAAACUCUCGAGGAUAUCAAUCAGCUUGAAUGGCAGUAAACUGUCGGCAUUUGCUCUGAAUGAUAUUCUCGUAGCACACCCUUGCCCUGCAACCGUUUCAAGGUUCUCAUUUCGAAUCAAAAGCAAUGACCAAAACAUCUCCAAUUUAGUGAACUGCCGAUCUAGUGGUUUCAGAGUAUCCACUGCAGCGGGAUCAACCGCUGCUAUGCUAUCAGCUGGUGGGUUUCCCAUGCCUAUUUUGAGUCGUGACCUUCAGUAUAUGGUAAGAGAGCCGAUUUUACCUAGACAAAUAGAUGCACCUCUGUUGCAUGGGUUAGUUAAACCGAACCAGUCAAUCGAAGCCACUUGGUAUAGUAAAGAAGGCACCAUAUAUAUUGAUGGUUCACAUGUAUUUUGUUCAAUGCAACAUGGAGAUACAAUAGAAAUUUCUUCGAAUGCUCCAAUGUUGAAAGUUUACUUGUCCCAAAAUCCGUUAACACAGUAGUUGCUCCUAGUAAAUCUACUGCAUUCCUCGCAUUUCUUUUAAUUUUUAUUUUUUAUGCUGGAUCCAUUCUGAUGCCAUAGAUAUCCAAUCGGCUUGUUCUCA